AUGGCAACAAAAUACCUUCUUUUUCCCUCUCUCUUUCUUCUCCUUAUUUGCUUUCAGAUCCCCAAUGCCACUGCCCAAGUCGACAAUGCUAGCCUCCGCCUCAUGACUGAGACUCUCGAAUGGACACUUCCCACCAUUCUGCAUAACGAAUCGAACCACAGAGAAGAAGAAGAUGAUGAUGAAUUGAAUCGUAGAUCAUUGUACUGGAAAUCACGAGCACCAAGGCGUUACUACAUUUCGUACGGAGCACUCUCUGCUGACAGAAUCCCGUGCCCGCCGCGCUCUGGAAGAUCCUACUAUACUCCCAACUGUCAUAGAGCUAGAGGGCCAGUGCAUCCUUACACCAGAGGCUGUUCUGCAAUCACACGUUGCAGGAUGUGA